ACCCAACACAAUGAUUCGCUUCGGCCAGUGUAUCCCGAACUGUUGUAGCUUUCUGUCGUGAUUUUGAUUUGCUCCGUGUUUGUUUCUUCGGUUCUCUGUGAUUUCAUAAACUGCACUUUUCAUUUAGUUUUCCACAAACGCGAUACAGACGAUUAAUUUUUGUCGCAGAUGGUUCCGAAUGGAUUUGAGAAAAAAAAAACUAUUCUAAGGGAUGUCAUAAUCUCUAACCGCGAGGAAUAAGUGUGAGGGUGCUGUGUUUUUGAACGGGAAAAUCACCAACAGAGGAAAAUCUGGUUGGGAAAUUGUUUUUCUUUUCGCUCUCUCGCUUGACGAGGGUUACGUCACGGUUCGCACGUAACUCGGAAUAGAUAUCCAGCUGAUACUGACUGGCGAGGAAACGGAAGUGCAGUAAACAGUGUUUUAAAGUGUUGGUGAGGAUGAAAUUGAAGGAAAAUUCAUGGGGAAAUUAAUUCAUAUGGAUACACAUAGUGGUUAAUUGAUCGAGUGAAGACGGGAUGUUGCAACAGGAGCGAAAAAAAAGUGCACCUAAGUGGCUCUAGAACAGCGGGUUCAGUGCUAUGACGUAUGGAGACUUGCGAUCGGAAUUUAAUAACGCGCGAAUUAGCUGUUUCGUAAACAAAGGUCCAGACGCGUCAAAUGUUUCGACGGAAUUGUAGUUUUCAACGCAAGCAGACGCGCAUCGUUCCGGAGAAUUUUGAAUCAAGGUCGUUGUGUGUGCUUUUUUUCCUACUGUGAUCGAUCGGGGAAUGCCGACGGGGAAACGAACGUGUGAUAAUUGAUGAGUUGACAGUUCUCAGUUCUUCGGAGCAUCUUCCAGCUUCGGAUGUCCGAAGAAAUCUCUAUUGUGGAAUCUAACAGACUGUAGAAAACCCGAUGCUGGAGAAACAAAAGAGAAAUCAGUCAAAAACAAAAGAACAGACUCCGUGAAGUGCAGCGUAAAGAAGAGUACAAAAAUAAUACUGAACAUUGGGUGGAGAGUGGUGGAGCGGUGUGUUGCGACGGAGAGUAGCAGAACAAUUCUUUCCUUCGCAAGUAGCAUUGGAAGUGGUCGUUUUGGUGCUUCAGGUAUCCGAGGAUAAAAAGAGGAGCACGAACACCGAGACGCUCGGUCAAGAUCCAGACAUGGCGCCGAAAACCAGAAGAAAGAAGGCAAAUGCCCGCGCUCUGCAGUGCUACUGCGAGGGACAUUGCCCAGGAAAUCUACAGAAUGGAACCUGCGAGACGAGACCCGGCGGAUCCUGCUUCGCGGCAGUGGAGGAAGUAACCGACGAGGAAACUGGACUGAAAGUGCCGGAGUGGAGCCACGGGUGCAUGCCACCGGAACAGAACGGAGGGUUGUUACAGUGCAAAGUUGGUGUCCAAUCGCCACAAAUCCACGGCAAAUCGAUCGUAUGCUGCGACAGUGAAGACUUCUGCAACAAAGACCUGCUUCCGGAGUAUGUGCCAAAAACGACAACCCCUCCGCCAACGGCCAACGUGGGCGACACCAGCAUACACACCCUGGCCCUGAUGGCAUCGGUUGUGAUCUGCUCGGUGGCGUUUGUGGUGGUCACAAUCGCCGUCUAUGUGACGUACAAGAAACGCGAGAAAAGGAAACCCCACUGCCUCAUGGAUUCGGUUUCUGGCCCGAAUUUGUCACCGUUGGCGGAUUUGGUCGAGCAGAGCAGUGGAUCGGGUUCUGGAUUGCCUCUAUUGGUGCAAAGGACAAUCGCAAAGCAAAUCCAGAUGGUUCACUCCGUUGGCAAGGGACGCUAUGGUGAGGUGUGGCUAGCCAAGUGGCGCGAUGAGAAGGUUGCCGUUAAGAUUUUCCUCACCACUGAGGAAGCUUCCUGGUUCCGCGAGACAGAAAUCUAUCAAACUGUUCUGAUGAGGCAUGAAAACAUUCUCGGAUUCAUUGCGGCCGAUAUCAAGGGAACGGGAACGUGGACGCAAAUGUUGCUCAUCACCGAUUACCACGAGCUGGGCAGUCUCUACGAUUACCUCCAGAAGCGAGUACUUAACCCACACAUGUUGAAAACCUUGGCUCUUUCGUUGUCAUCUGGUUUGGCACAUCUACAUACCGAGAUAUUCGGUACCCCUGGAAAGCCGGCCAUCUCUCACCGAGACAUCAAGAGUAAAAAUAUUUUGGUCAAACGAAACGGCCAGUGCGCGAUUGCGGACUUUGGACUUGCCGUCAAGUAUUCUAGCGAAUCGGACGAAAUUCAAAUAGCACCGAACACUCGCGUCGGAACGCGUCGCUAUAUGGCCCCGGAAGCGCUGAACGAAACGCUGGACACUAAGGUCUUCGAAGGCUUCAAGCAAGCCGACAUGUACUCGCUGGGGCUGGUCUUCUGGGAAAUGGCCCGUCGCUGCAUCAGCACGAUUCGGGGAACGAAGAACACCACCUGCGAGGACUACGCGUUGCCCUACCAGGAUGUUGUCCCGUCGGAUCCCAGCUUCGAGGACAUGUACGCGGUAGUGUGCGUUAAAGGCGUCCGCCCGCCCAUUCCGCAGCGAUGGCAGGACGAGGAAAUUCUCCUAGUAUUAUCGAAAAUGAUGCAGGAAUGCUGGCAUCCGAAUCCGGCUGUCCGGCUGACCGCACUCCGAGUCAAGAAGACACUCAUCAAGCUGGAAACGGACUGCUCGAUUAAAAUAGUGGCUAAGCCGGACGAUAUUUUGUCGUGGAUACAAAAUUAGGGGAAAUAUUUUCCGAUUUGGGAAGAAAAAAAAGUGGUAGAUAAAUAUGUAACUGUUGCCGAAAGUGCGUUGAAAACAAAAGAAACGAAGUGCGAGUUAAUGUAUAGAAAAUAUAUGUUUAUAAUAAAAAAAACUAUUUAAUACGGGAAAUUCA